AUGAAUGUGAAAAAGGCUAAGAUGGUUGAUUUUGAGGAUGUCAUUGCAGAACCUGACGGCACCAACAGCUUUGAUGGUAUAUGGAAGGCCAGCUUUACCACGUUCACAGUCACCAAAUACUGGUGUUACCGCAUCCUCACCGCUCUGGUCGGCAUCCCCCUGGCCCUCAUCUGGGGUAUAUACUUCGCCAUCCUGUCCUUCAUUCAUAUAUGGGUUGUGGUUCCCUGUGUGAAGAGCUACUUGAUCGAGAUCCAGUGUGUCAGCAGAGUCUACUCCAUCUGCAUUCACACUUUCUGCGACCCCCUCUUCGAAGCCAUUGGCAAAGUCUUCAACAGCGUGAGGAUCUCUUUGAGCAAAGAGGUGUGAGGCACACGAGACUGAAAGCAGGGGCUCCAAGGCAUUCUGCUGGCUACAAGCUCACAGCUGCUUUCCAGAAACAGUUUUAUGAACACCG